GAAGAAGGGCAUCGUGACUCGUGUAGCAGCUUGUGCGACUCUAGGCUCAUCUUCUUCCACCAAUCCUUUCGAUGCUCUAGGCAACGCUCUUAUCGGUUCUUCUUCCAAGACUUAGGCUUUCGUUUGAUUCACGAGCAGGACGGUCAUGGCCACAUUCUGCACCAGAUCCGAGAGAAGGCUCACAAGGAUGAGCUUAAGAAGAACGAAGAGACCAUUUCAAGGUCAGCCGAAUCAUAUUGGGGUCAAUUUGGCUACUGGGCUGUUUGAUGAAGUACUGCUCUAUGCUACGAAAUCGUAUGCUGGCUGAUCCUUCCUUUCUUUUUAAAGUUGGGACAGAGAUAGUCAUAGAUUCUUAUUGUGCAACAUUUGCAGAAGUUCAGAAAAGGGGAAAGGAUUUUUGGGCUGAGUUUGAGUUGUACGCUGCUGAUCUUUUGGUUGGAAUAGCUAUUGACAUUGCUUUGGUUAGCAUGUUGGCACCCAAUGCUCGAAUUUGGAAGGCCAUCAGUAUCACAAGGAUUAUUUGGAGAGGUAUCUUGUUAUCACUAGUAUUCUUCGCUACUGGGGCUGACAAGACAAUGCUGAUCAGUGAUGCUGGAAAAGUUUAUGCCUUUGGAAAGGACUUAAGAUGGUUUUAAGACAUAGUAAUAACAAGAUAGUUCUAUGACAUAGUAUAAACAAUAUACUUUUAUGAAAUGGUAUUAACAAUGUUGUUCUAUGGAAUGGUAUUAACAAUGUACUUCUAUAGAAUGAUAUUAACAAUGUACUUCUAUGACAUGAUAUUAACACUGUACUUCGGGCUUGUUGGGC